AUGAAGAGCUUUUUGGUGAAAAUUCUUCUCUUAUUAUGGCUUGAAUUCGUUGCUGGGAGAGUGUUGAGUGGGGAGGAGAAAGCAGCUCUCGAGCAACUCAGUGAUCGACUCCAAACCACUUUUCUCAACCAUUCACAUGCUGCCGUUUUUGAAGAAAGUGUUCGUGGGUUGGCCUCUCGUCUCCGUGUCCGCUCCGAGUCAGCCGAGGCGGCGCUCCUCUCCUCGACUUCUCGACUCCGACAACUCUUCGAUGAUCGAAAGAAAGCAUUAUUGAAAAUAGUGCGAGCGGCUGAGGGAGCCGCUGGAUUGUACGAUCGAAAAUUGGAAGAUCCAGGAGGGACGAGUGUUGAGGAUGACUCUCCCUGUUCAUCGAUUCAAUCAAUAAUGAAGAUUCGUGACGUGCACCUCUACAAUCCGUUAACAGACGGGAAUCGCUCAGGAAUCCAUAUCAAUCUUGAGUCGUACACUUGUGAUCCAUCAGUUGUCCGGGAUUUUGAGUGGAGCGGUUCGGAGAAUAUAGAAAAGGCUUUCGAAGAGAACAAGCAGAAAUGGCCUGAAUUAGGCUACCAGUACAUUGGCACGUACACCGGUUUAACGAGGAUGUAUCCAUCUAGACCUUGGAUCAUCGAUCCUUCAUCGAUCACCGUUGACUUGUUCGACCCACGCUUUCGCCCAUGGUUUACCCAAUCCGAGUCUGUGCCCAAAGACGUCGUCUUCUUGAUUGAUUUCUCGGGCAGCAUGAAAGGUCCAACAAUGCACUUGGCAAAGGUCACCGUUAUGUACAUUAUGUCGACAUUGGGACCGAAUGACUACUUUUAUGGGAUUUGGUUUCACGAGAAGUUCGCGCCAGUCCUCAAUUGCUCGGGCUCAAACAAAACCUUUCUCCCAGCCACCACAACAAACAAAAAGAUCUUCUACGAAAAAUUGGCGACAAUCGAGGAAUGGGGAGAAGCUGAUUUAGAGAAACCACUCAAAUUCACACUGAACAAGCUUAGAGAACACGUUCGUAGAGAUCUCCCGGUUUCACCGAGAUCCGGUGGCCACAAGAUUGUGAUGUUCUUCACGGAUGGGAUCGAUAAAUGGCCUGAUGAGGUGGUGCAUGAUGAAGUGGAGACAAAACAAGGAGAGCCGGUUCGAAUCUACGGCUAUGCUGUUGGCUUCGGGACGGGCCAAAUGCCGAGAGUGCAAACGCUCACCUGUCUCACCAAUUCCACCUAUGCCAUUGUUGACUCGAUUUCCGAUGUAAAAGCUCAAGGUCGAGCUCAUCUCAAUCAUCUCUCAAAGCAAAGAGGACGACGAUUGAAAGAAAAAGCGCAUAAAACAAAGCAAAGACCGAUCAGUUGGUCCUCCUUAUACCAUGACACUCAAGGAUUGGGCCCAGUGGUGAGCCUCUCUGCGCCGAUCCCCGUCGAUCCAAAAGAGAUCUGGAGAGACCACACGAUGGCUGGGAUUGCCGCUGUUGAUAUUCACAUAAGUGAAAUCACAACGAAACUCCCGAGCGGCGAGCAGAUCUACGGCUUUUUGGUGGACAACAACGCGAUGGCAAUCUUUCAUCCAAAACUCCUUAUUCCGAAAACGGAGGUUCACUCGGUGCGUCGUAGUGCUUGCUAUGACGCUGCGUCUGUCAAGUCAAAAGCCGGCGCUGGUCUUAAAGUGCAAUACGGGUUCAGCGACGAGCGGGUGUUUCGUUUGGUCGGGCUUAUCGAUUCGAUUCCUACUAUUGAUAUGAUCGAUCUCGAGGAGAACACGACAGCGCUGGGCGAGUUGCGCAACAAGGUCAUCGAUCGCACAUGCACUGAUGAGAGCAUUCAAGAUGGCCCCCGUGAAUACUACUGCUCGGAGGUCAAAGGAACCCCGUUCACUGUCAUCAUUGUGAAUCAUCACGAACAGCAAACGUUAACCGUCGCAUCCAGCGAGGACACUGAAACGCCGACUUUAGAACACGACAUGGUGGCCACGGUGGUGACGAAUAGGCCACUCUGCAGCUGGUUGAUCGAUCAAAUCCCGAUCACCGAACGUGCCACACAUCUCCUCUCACAUCCCGAUUGUUUAGAUGAACCGCAACGAGAAACCCUUCGAGCAUCCAUCGCCACACUUGGAGACUGGAUCGAUUCAUGGCCUGAAUCAAAAUGGAAUAUCACUUGCUCGGCGAUGCCUUUUCCAGAGGGAAUCUCUUCUGCUUAUUAUGUUGGAUCUUUUGCUCACACUCGCUACAAAGUGGCCUCGUAUUAUCCGGAAUGCGCUCAAGCCUCGAUGAAAACGGUGAUCCAACGAUUGGACAAACUCGCGUACACCAAAAAGAACACCACCGAUUUGGAGUUUACUUACAAUUUCUUGAAUGAACAUGAAAGAGAUCGGGAAAAGGAAGUACUCGUCACGAAGUCAUUCACGGAUAAAUACGGUAAUCGCAUUGCCACUUCGGGAGUGGUGUGGCGUUUGAAUUUCCUCGAGAAAGUUUUCACCGAGUGGACCGACCCAAAUAGCACUUUGUGGCGUAACUUCACCAAGAAAGAGAUUUUCUUGGUGACUGCUGAUGGUUGGGUGUUGGCAACGAAUAAUGCAAGGAGGAAAUCCUAUAUGGAUGAAUAUCAUCUAAUCAAUCAUGACAAACAGCUAUUCUACUCAUUGAUCAAUCAGAAAUUGGUGGAAGAAUCGCAUCAUUUGGACGUUCAAGGCGAAUGCUCGGCAAAGAGAGCCGCGCCGUGGGCUAGUCGAUCACCCAAUCAGAAGACUCCAUUCAAAGCUCUCAUCAACACCAUAGCCACCUUGAUCAGCUCAACGUUUUGGAUCGACUUGUUCGCCUAUCUCACUCAUCCCGUUUCCGGGCAACCCACAUUAACACGCGAAGGGAAAUGUCAAUUUCAGAAAAUUAAACCAUUUGAACGAUGUGUCGUAGGAAUCACCUCCUAUCGUUUACUCUUCAACGAGAACACUCAAAUCGAUCUUUUUGGUGGUGGAUGUGCUAGAUAUUUAUCCGUGAGAAAAGUGCCGGGCACGAAUCUAUUCGUGCUGAUCGCUGACUCGCCAUGCCCUGCCUCAUUCAACAAGAAUAAACUAGCAAAACCACCAACGAAAAUGUUCAAAAGAUUAUCUGAUUGUGCCGUUGUGACGUCACGUUAUCGACGCAAACCGCCAGAUUUCGAUACAGAAGAAACUCUAGAUGUUCUUGGCGACGGCGAUUGUUCAUCGGUGGUGGCCGCAACUGUUCCAGCAAUCAAAACAAAUCAGUUU